AUGGCGAAGGUAAAGGACACAACCAUGAUCAUCAUCGGCGUCGUGGCGUUCAUUGCCGUUGCAGCCGGUGGCUUCGGCGAGCACGCGCUGGGCCCGAACAUGACUCCCGAGAUGAAGCAUGCGUGGGGUCUGGCGGUGCAGUUUAAUCUUGUGCAUGCCGUCGCGAUGAUGGCGUUAUUUGCCGCCAUGAAGUCCAUUGACCCCGACAGCUCCGCUGCCAGACGCCUCAACCGCGCCUUCUACCUUCUGCUUCUGGGCACCACUCUCUUCGCUGGCUCCAUCUACGCCAUGGGCUUGGGUGCUCCGGGCAAGACCGUGGGGCCGCUGACGCCAGUUGGCGGCGUGACGCUGAUGACGGGGUGGCUCACCGUCGCCUUCGCUGGCUUUUGA